GAAAAGAGGACAAUACACGACCGGACUAGAGGGAGACUAUCAUUGCAGUCCUCCGAACAAGACAGUGCACAACUGCUUGUAGAUGCAGACGUCCACAGCAUCGAGUCGAUUGAAGCUGCGAUCAAUGUGCUGAGCAAGAACGGUAGCAAAGUGCAGGCGCACGUCUUUACACAACCAGGACGGAACAAAAACAAGAAGUGGCAGAAGUUGCUGCAGCGACCCCAUGUCCACUUUCACCCAGUACCUCGACGGACUCUGGGCGAGGCGACUGAUUCUGCAGUUCAGGAGAGACUGCAACUACAGCGCUCAACCAGCACCGGCUGCAUAGCGCUCUUUACUUCUGAUUUUGGCUUUGCCGAUGUGCUGGUGCAAAUGAUGGAAGACGGGAAGACUGUCUUGGUACUCAUUCCUUCCAGUUGCCGUGCCGUCAUCAGGCAGUUCAGGAGCAUCGGUGUUCCACUUCUGGAGCUGAAGCUGGAGUUGGUUCGACGUCCAAAAGUCAGAGCUCUCCUGCAUCAGGAUGGAAGUGGCCACGUGCGGCUCACCGGGGCAUUGCGAGCCCCCUUAGACAACUCCAGAGAUGUUGAGUUCUGCGAGGAGUUUUUGAGAGCCCUGGGGUAUGUUUGCAAAAACAACAGGGAGCACCUCUCACAUGCGACUGCAAAGUUCUGGCUUGCGAAUGGGCUGGGCUCUCUCAUCGUCUACCCUCCCGUCUGUGCGGUCAAGGCGGUUUGUGCUGUUGCAAAGAGCUAUAGUGGACGCAGAUGGGUAGAGCGCGGCGACACGGGUGAAGCGGCCUUCCUGCUCCCCAAGCCAGCUCCCGGGAAGCCUAGUAACACACAGCUGAAAAUCUACGGGAGUACUGAGGCAAGGCGAGUCUUCAAAGGAGGCGGACCCUUCGUGCUACCAGACUCGGAGAACUUGGUGCCAAAGGUGCUCAGAAGGCUCGGUUACGUGGAUGACAGCUUGAAUUCCGAUUUGGCAGAAGCAAGGAUGGUCUUCGUCAAUGCUCCUGACAAUAGAUACGCCUUGCGGAAGCAGGGUCUCCUACCUGUCCUCACGACCGCAGGUUCACACGUUGACAACAUACUCCGCGAGGCAUUUCUGUCGCAUCUCAGCUCGGGCCAUUGGCGCUUCCGCCCUCGGAUGAUAAAGUGCGGGAACUUCUCUGCAGAGAGGGUUAUACGGCCUCUCACGCUGCAGCAAAAUCCCAUGUAUUCGAGGCUAUGGCCAGGUAUUCCCGCCGGCACCAUCUGCCUUCUAUGCAGACAUAUCACGGACGAGUGUUUCAGAUUCUGUACUCCAGGGACACCAACCCAUCAAAGACAGGACUGGUGGAAUGCAACUUCUGAGCCUGGGCGAUAA